ACCACAGCCAAAAUAAAACCUUUGAGGAAAAUGAAACUAACAAGGAAAGGGAGCACCCAACUCGAUCCCGGGAUCUGCACAACUUCUCCUCUGCUUUCACACCAUGGACCACAGCUCCCAGCCCUUCUUCUCUGGCACCCACACCAGAGAACCUGCAUCGUUUGAGGUGCUCAAAGAGGAACAUGAGGUGUCCGUGCUGGGGGGUCCCCAGAGCUCGAUGCAAGAGAGGACGACCGUGAUCAACAUCCAGCCUGAGACUGCAGUGCCCGACCACAUCGUCUGGUCCCUGUUCAACACGAUCUUCUUCAACACCUGCUGCCUGGGCUUCGUGGCCUUCGCCUACUCCGUGAAGUCUAGGGACCGGAAGAUGGUGGGAGACGUGAUUGGGGCCCAGACCUAUGGGUCCACCGCCAAGUGCCUGAACAUCUGGGCCCUGGUCUUGAACCUCCUGGUCAUAAUUGGCACAGUCGUCACAGUCAUCGUUAUUGUGGUCACUUCAGUGUAUCGCUUUCCCGGAGGUUACUAGCAGCUGCCCACCGGAGGCUGUCACCCUUUCACAGCUGUUUAAACACCCGUGUCUACAAUGGAACUCAAUAAAGGACGUGUGUGGGA